GCUAGCUCUCUGUCUGCCCAAACCUUUGUUUUCUGUGUUAGACUCUUUUUGAACCCUGGGCCGUAGCUAAAAAAAACUGCUUCGGCGGUUGGAAUUCCCCAUUUGACUUUCACAGGAUGCUGAAGAAGUGGUGAGGAUGUCAAGACGGGCAGGAGUCCCUCUGGUGAUCAACGAUCGCAUUGACAUUGCAUUGGCGACAGAUGCGGACGGGGUCCACGUUGGCCAGUCGGACAUGCCCGUCUCCAUCGCACGCAAGCUGCUUGGGCCCGACAAGAUCAUUGGCGUCUCGGCGAAAACGCCUGAGCAGGCAAAGAAGGCUGCCGAAGAGGGUGCUGAUUACCUUGGCAGCGGCGCGGUCUACCCCACGAAGACGAAGGUCGUAACAAUCAAUCUAGGGAUAGACGGCCUUGUCAAAGUCUGCCAGAGCUCAUCGCUCCCGGUCGUGGCGAUCGGCGGUAUUUCGACAGAGAACCUUGCAGAGGUUAUGAGCACGGGCCUCCCCUCCGGGGUAGCCAUCGUGUCAGCAGUCUUCGAUCAACCUGAUGUAGCUGACGCUACUCGGAAACUUCGCACAGCGCUCGAGACUUAUAGAAGAGGAGAAAAAAGCGGUGGCAUUCGCGUUGAUGAUGGGAAAGCCUCGUAAAAAUGCUCAAAGACAUCUCUGAUUGAUGAUGAUGGCGGACGGAGCAAGUGUCCCAGGUGUGGCAAAUUCACACGCCUUUUCCAAAGUGGUCGUUGAGGAGUUACGAAGACAACGAAAGGCGCAGAAGUAAUGCGCACCAUGUGAGGCGUCACUCGCGUGGAGGACAUGAUACGCAAGUACAAAGGACUCGUUUGAUCUUUCGAUCAAUCGCGCGCAUCGCCCUUCUGCCUCGUCUCGUCAGCCACAGGUCUCCCAGUUGGGGCCUUGCCACUGUACAUUUCACUUCGCCCGCACGCACUGACGCUACCCGAGAAUGCCUAUUGGAUGUGAUAUUUGUAUACAACAUCAGGGCGUUAUUUUCGCAACAAGAUGGUAGUGCGACCUCACCCUGGUGCACAUGGCCACCUAGAUGAACACUCAAUAUAUGAACAUUUACCUAACGCACCGCUUCCGACAUCACCAUGCGAAAGAAAAACUUCAGAAAAGAGAGAAGAAAAAUGGCCAUGUAGGCCAUUCCCAGCAACGCUUGCGCAAACUGGGCGGCUAUACUGCUUAGAGAAGAAAAAUCAUAAAAGGCCAUGCAGGCCAUUCCCAGCAACACUUGCACAAACUGGGCAGCUACUACUGCUUCCAACACUGUUUGUUGUGACCAAAUUUCUCCAGAUUUCUCUUUUUUUUGAGAAUUUCUCCCUUCUUUUUUAGAAAGCUCAGGGACGAAGGACAGGGAAAAUAUUCGAGCGUUGCUCAAUUUAUGCAUUGCGCAGGGGGUCAUCUUAAUAUUCCUUCUCUCAAUUCUCUGUAUCGUUCCAAUUUUAACAGAUGACCUGCAGGACGUCGCUCCAGAUUUCACAGCUGGCAACACCCUUGUUUGUGGAGACUAUGGGCAUCGCCACACCUCUCGCGAAGUGUGCAAAAUGAACUUUGCGCUAGACC